UAUUAGCUCACCAUCGUCUAUAUUAACCAUCGACGCAAAGGCUUGUCCGAACUAAUCGGUUCUUUGUUCUCCUACGUAUAAUAGUAACGCUAAUUGUAAUAUUCGUAUUUGAUCUAUUUCAAGAUAUUGUUUAUAUUGGAGUGAGAAUAAACGUGUAGUACGUUAUACAUAUAUAUUACAUAUAUAUAUAUAUAUAUUGAUAAAUAAGGAAAAAAAAAAAAAGAAAGAAAAGUAGAAAGAGUAAUUUGACGAAAGGAUACAAACACAUAUACGCACGUACAACAAAAUAUACAGAUAUAUAUGUGCAUAUAUAAAACAUCGGAAACAUGAAACUUCGAUUUUUAUAUGGGAUCCUAUUGGCGAUCGCGAUAAUUCAAGCCGAGGGAGCCGGAAGUACAGGUAAUGUAGCUGAUAAUCCAGAUUUGGGAAUCGUUAUGGAAAAAGAAAAUCGAGGAAGCGAAGGACGAUCUCUAAAUGAUAAUGGCGAUCAUUCAAUAGACGAAGAAUUGAAUCAAAUUUUUGAAAACGGUGAUUUACGAGAGGAAGAAUCUAAUAAAGACAAUAGUUCAACAUCAACAGAACAAACAACACUAUCAACAGAACAAACACCAUCAACAGAACAAACACCAUCAACAGAACAAACACCAUCAACAGAACAAACACCAUCAACAGCACAAACACCAUCAACAAAAGAAACACCAUCAACAAAAGAAACACCAUCAACAAAACAAACACCAUCAACAAAACAAACACCAUCAACAAAACAAACACCAUCAACAAAAGAAACAACAACAAUACAAAUGCUACCAACUAUCGCAAGUCCAACGGAAUAUCCGUAUCAAGUUAAAGGAGAAAAUGGGACAUGCAUAUUGUCAAAGAUGACGAUCUCACUAACUUUGACAUAUACUAACUCAAAAAAUCAGGAAUCAGAAAAAAUCUUGAAAGUACCGUCUUCUAAUGUAACUACCACUGGCAAAUGCGAUGAGACCAAUUCUACUAUGGAAUUAACUUGGUCGAGUGAGGAGACUACAUCUGAAUAUAAAAGCAUCGAUUUUGCGUCGGACAACGAAAAUACAAUUACUUUCUAUUUCAAGAAGAGCAAUUCUGUAUUUUCGAUAGAUCAAAUCAAGGCAGAUAUAUAUUUGGACAAAAAGAAUUUUCCAGAUGCAUUAAAACCAGAAGAUGUAAUCAGACUGGAAACCAAAGAGAAUCUUUCGUUGUUCGCUACUUCUACGAAUGAUAGAUACGUAUGCAACGUUAUAGUAUUUGUGACAGAAAAAAACUUUGAAUUCUCGAUAACCGAAGUCAAUUUGAUAGCUUUCAACACGGACACCGAUAUUUCAUCGAAAUCUGAGAAUUAUUGCGUUAACCCAUUAACUGAAACGGCGAAUGUUGGUGCUAUAGUCGGUGGUGUUAUUGGUGCUUUAGCCGUGAUUGGUAUCAUGGGAUUUGUCAUUUGGCGACGAAGAAGAAACGCGCCUGUUCGUUCGGAGGUUCCAUAGAAAAAACGUAAAAAGAUAAAAUAAAAAAAUAAAAUAAAAAAAAUUAACAAAAAAAAAAAAGAAGAAGAAAAAGAAAGAAAGAGAAAAAAAAUUUUUCUAUAUUAUGGUGCCAGAUGGGAAAAUUAUUUGCAAAAAGGAUAGGAUGUUUACAUUAGAAUUAUAAUUUAUGUAUACACACAUAUAUAAUAUAUAAUACAUAUAUAGUCUGUCCAAAAAGUUUCGACACUUGAUUCAUCAAAAAUAGAGAAAUGUAAGAUGGCGUUCAAUGUUUCAGGCGUUCUACAUAAUUUUUUCUCGCUCGAGUACAACGCAUAGAAUGCUCGUACAAACAACCAUGUUAAAUUAUUAAAAAAGUCUUUCUUUAGAAUGUUCUUUAGGAUUUGGCGCCGUGUUUUUUCUUUUUUUUUUUAUU